AUUGGUGGUGGCUCGUAACAUAUGGUGUCAGGGAACAACAAUACUGUUCCCCAUUACAGUACUUGAAGCAGCAAGUCAGUGUUGCAAUUAUUUUGACCUGAUUUUAAAGCAGACAGAAAUAAUAUUGUUACCUAACUAGCCGCUUACCCUCUAUUCGAAGACUCAGGACAUUGGAUACCCCAGAGUUUAUGGGAACCGAACACAAGAAUGAAUCGUCUACUUUUUGUUUCUCAUCUCCUUAUCAUUCUAGCAGGCUCUGCCUGGAGCUCUGAGGAUGAAACCCGUCUGGUGAAAACCCUGUUCACUGGCUACAACAAGGUGGUGCGUCCUGUCGCUCACUUCAAGGACCCAGUGGUGGUUACAGUUGGCCUGCAGCUCAUUCAACUCAUCAGUGUGGAUGAGGUCAACCAGAUUGUCAACAGCAAUGUUCGACUGAAACAGCAAUGGAAGGAUGUGAACUUGCAAUGGAAUCCUGAGGAUUAUGGCGGAAUCAAAAAGAUAAGAGUGCCCUCCACUGACAUUUGGCGUCCUGACCUCGUUCUCUAUAACAAUGCUGACGGUGACUUCGCCAUCGUUCACGAGACCAAAGUGCUGCUGGAGCACACGGGCAUGAUCACGUGGAACCCCCCUGCCAUCUUCAAGAGCUACUGUGAGAUCAUCGUGCUGCACUUCCCCUUCGACCUGCAGAACUGCAGCAUGAAGCUGGGCACCUGGACCUACGAUGGCAACUUGGUUGUCGUCAAUCCCGACAGCGACCGCCCUGACCUGAGUAACUUCAUGGAGAGUGGAGAGUGGGUGAUGAAGGACUACCGCAGCUGGAAACACUGGGUGUACUAUGCCUGCUGCCCAGACACGCCCUACUUGGACAUCACCUACCACUUCCUGAUGCUGCGGCUGCCCCUCUACUUCAUCGUCAACGUCAUCAUCCCCUGCAUGCUCUUCUCAUUCCUCACUGGCCUCGUCUUCUAUCUGCCCACUGACUCUGGUGAGAAGAUGACUCUGAGUAUCUCUGUGCUACUGUCUCUGACUGUGUUUCUGCUGGUCAUCGUUGAGCUCAUCCCUUCUACCUCCAGUGCUGUGCCGCUCAUCGGGAAGUACAUGCUCUUCACCAUGGUCUUCGUCAUUGCCUCCAUUAUCAUCACUGUCAUCGUCAUCAACACCCACCACCGCUCCCCCAGCACUCACACCAUGUCCCCCUGGGUUCGCAAGAUUUUCAUUGACACCAUACCCAACCUCAUGUUCUUCUCAACAAUGAAGCGUCCUGCAAAGGAGAGACAGGAUAAAAACAUCUACGGUGCUGACUUCGACAUCUCAGACAUCUCAGGCAAGCCCACCCCUACUGCAGUCACCUACCAGUCCCCCAUGACCAAGAACCCCGACGUACGCAGUGCUAUCGAGGGGGUGAAAUACAUCGCUGAGACCAUGAAGUCUGAUGAGGAGUCCAACAGUGCCGCUGAAGAGUGGAAGUUUGUAGCCAUGGUGCUGGAUCACAUUCUGCUGUGUGUGUUCAUGGCGGUGUGUAUCAUUGGCACCCUAGGAGUGUUCGCGGGCCGUCUCAUUGAGCUGAGCAUGACACCUUAGCGGUCUGAGUAGGUCCAGAUGUUUUUUUAUUGACCUUAUGACCUGACCAGGUAACACUCUGGGCCCUAGUGACUCUUGGCCCUAUGACCUUAAAGUCACAUGUUACUGUAUGAGGACUGUGCUUUUGACCCUCAUACAUUCAUUAUUAUUGGGUGGUUUGCAAUUACUUCAGAUCGCUGGGUGCAUGCAUGUUUAUCUACAUUUUCACUUGUGUAUUAUAGAAGACUUGAUCAACAUUGACCAUUCUAAUCAAGUUUUUGUCAUCAAAAUAUUUGUUGUCUUUACUCAAUAUGUUUUGUUAUAUAUUUUCAUUCAUCUUUAAUACAGUAUUUAAGUAAAAUUGAUAGGCCUAUUUGACACUGGUUGUCUAUUU